UGUGGGACGGGGACAGUAUGUGUGUGUGUAGCAGCUGGUGAGGACAUGUGGACACCACUGUGGCUUUAACACAGCUACACCCCCCUGUGUGUUUGGGUUUGGAUGCCUAUGAGACAGUAGAGACACAGAGAGAGGGACAGUUGUGGAUUACUGCAGCACCUCCAGCCCCGCCGGACCGUCCUGGACCCGGAGGACCAUGUCCAGUGAAGGUGACCCGGGACGUGACCCGUCCACCACGGCUCUGAGUACAGUUGCAGUGCAGGCGGGGGACACACAGAUCAUUAUUUCUGUUCUAAAGAGUGGAGAUCUGAUCCAGCUGCAGCUCACUGAGGCUCAUCCAGAUCUGCUGGAGAUCGGAAACAACCAGGAGGAAAGCAGGAAGCUUCUGCAGGAGCACGAUCAGCUGAUGACUGGACUUAAGAGGAAUGAAGGAAGAGUGCAGGAGCUGCUGAAACAGGCGGAUGAGACGAUGGAGGAGAAGCAGGGGGACGAGAGAGUAUACGAGGCCAUGGCUCUCUCUCUCAGCGAGGCCUGGACCACACUGACCAAUCACCUGCAGAAACGCCGGACACUCCUCCUGCUCACCUGCCAGUUCUACGACCACGCCCUGGAGUUCGCUAUAAAGAUAGAUGAAUCUGAGGAGCUGCAGAGUUCAGGACAGGAUCUGAUCAGGACGGAGGCUGAGCUCUCGGCUGAGCUGAUGCAGAAAUACAGCAACAUGAAGAGAGGUCUGCUGGAGAAGUCGAUGCUGGUUCUGAAUAAGAGCUAUGAGCUGCUGGAUUACCUGAGGGGGUUUCAGGCUGAUUCGGCGCUGCAGUACGGAGGGGGUGCGCUGGCUGCUCGUAACAGCAAGAGGAAAGUGGACGGUCUGCUGGAGCUCCUGCAGGACCGGCGCCGGCAGGUGGACCAGCGCAUGACCCGGCAGAUCCAGGACCUGGAGCUCAGCCGCAAGAUCUGCCAAUGGGAGAAGCAGGAGCAGGAAGUGAUGCGCUGGCUGAGGGAAGAUGCUGAGCAGUAUCUGGAUCAGAAGCUGCUGGGUUCCUCUCUGUCUGAGAGCGAGGAGAUUCUGCAGGAAUAUAAGGAGUUUGAGCUGAAAGCUCGGGACUGGGGUCUGCUGGUGGAACGGUUGGUUCAGCAGGUGGUUGAUAUGGUCUCCUCGGGUUCGGGCAGCGCCGCCCUGCUGGAGGUUCUGUCGGAGAAGAGCAGGAGUCUCUCCGCUGCACACGAGCGCUUCUGGAACCUGCUGAUGGACCGGAGGGGGAACCUGCAGGAGACCAACAGCUUCUUCAGCAGCGCAAAUAAAGCAUUUGAGGAGCUGGCCGUGGUGGAGAGCGGUAUAAAGGGUCUGAAGACUCAGACGGUGAAUCUGCCGGAUCUCGCCAAGCAGCACGAGGAGCUUCACCGCCGAAUCAGAGACGCCGCCGCAGAUCCUCUGCUCAGAGCUCAGAUUAUACUGCAGAAACUCAGCACACAGAGUGCCCAGGUUGGAGGUGUGCAGAGGAUGCUGGGAUAUCUGCGAGAGCGGGUGGACGGGCUGAGCCGGCAGUGCCAGGCCUACAGGGAGCUGGCAGGGAAGCGGCAGCAGCUGCUGGCAUCAUUCGACGACCUGGAGGAUAAGAUUACUGGCUGGAUUAAGAGCAGUAAUGGUGUUCUGUCCAGCAGCACACAGCCAGGCUCCGCCCUCUCUGAGGCCCAGGAUGCACUCAACAAACACCUGGAGCUCUCCACACACACACAGGGUGCAGUGAAGGAGCUGGAGGUGGCUGGAGGAAUAGUAGAAGAGGUGAGGAAGCUGGAGAGCAGUAAUGUGGUGGAGCUUUCUAACAGAGUGUCUUUACUGAGAGAUCAGCUGCAGAACCUCCAGAGGAACGUCACCGUGAGAGUGGAGACCCUCAGACCCUACGUCCGAUUCUUACUCUCUGCUGAUGAGGUAGAGGAGCAGGUGAAGCUGCUGGACUGCUACAGGAACAGGCCGGAGACGGAGGAAGAGAAUGAGGAAGUUGGUGCUGCUGUGAAGGAAGUGAUGGAUGAAAGAUGGCAGACGUUUCUACAGAAGUUCCUCUCCAUGCAGGACCAGGGGAACAACUUCAUCAACUCUGCUAACAUGGUGAGCGAGAGUCUGAGUCUGAAUGUGAAAGCAGCGACGAGUGUAGUGGAGAAAACCAUGGAGAAUCUGAACAGGAAGAAAUCUGAACUGACGGAUCUGUGGACAUCAUGGCAGCUCCAGUACAGUCAGAUGAAAUCCGUAAAGAAACAGUGGAAGAAAUUUAAGGACCAAAUAAAAAAGGUUGUAAAUGAGCUGAAAGCUCUGGAGGGAAGUUUAACUCCAGUCUGUAAAGCUGAUGUGGGGAGAGAUCUUCAGAUGGUGAUGAAGCUGCAGGAGAACUUCAGCUCCACCAAACCUCAGUUUCUGCCUCUGAAUGCGGAGGUGGAGUUCCUGGUGAAGACGGCGGAGCUGCUGGUGCUGAAGGGAAUACCGAUGAAGGAGAAGAGCGAGCGGGUCGGCGAGCUCCUCCUGGUGCACCAGCGCGUCCGGGAUAAGAUCCGAGAACAUGAAACGGUUCUCAGCAUGGCCGUCAAAUUCCAUCAGCUUUAUCAGGAGCUGGAUACUCUGCUGAGAACAGAACCGGUAAAGGGGUUCAGUGACCCGGCUCAGGCCCGGCUCCAGCUCAGCCAGCACCAGGAGAGACAGAACCACGUCAACCACCUGUACAAACUGGCCCUCUCACUGGGAGCGGAUCUCACCACCACCGUGCGGCAAUCGCAGGUGCUGGUGUUCUCGGUUCAGGAUAAACUGGAGCGUCUGAAGCAGGGCAGUGUGAACUGGGCCGCUCAGGCCAGCCGGUGUGAGGAGAACCUGCUGAGUAACGUUCACUACUGCAGCUUUAAAGAGGAGAUCAGUGAGCUGAAAGAAUCCUUUAAAGACCUGAAGAAAAAGUUCAACAACUUGAAAUUCAACUACAUGAAGAAAAACGAGAAGCUGAGGAACCUGAAAGCAGUGAAAAAUCAGAUGCAGCAGAUCGAGAUAUACGCCGAGAAACUACAGGUGUUGAAGAAGAAGCUGCAGGCCUUCACUCUGAAGUUAUCCAGCAGUGGUGAGAAGCAUUUGAUGGACAGCAGCCCCCGCGAGCUGGAGGACGGCAUGAAUGAGCUGCAGAGACAGCUGGGGGACUUUGAGAGGACGGUGGAGGAGUACCGGCAGAACCUGGAGCUCAGCAUGAAGCUGCAGCAAGCCAUGGAGGAGUAUCAGUUCUGGUGUGACGAGGCGAGCUCCACCAUCGUGAGAGUGGGGAAAUACUCGUCUCAGUGUAAAACUAAAGAAGCCAUCAGCACUCUCUAUAAACAGUUUGAGAAGUUCGUCUGGCCCACGAUCCCCCAGCAGGAGGAGAGGAUCAGCCAGAUUACAGAGCUGGCAGUGCGUCUGCACGGAGCUGAGGAGGGAAAGAAGUACACCGAGAAAACCGUCCACAAACACUCUGAAAUAGUAGAGUCUAUAAAGGAACUCUCCAGCGGACUCUUAGACCUCGAAGCUAAACUACAGGCGGAGUCUUUAAAGAAGCCACAAUCUGCUGAUGAAAACAAGCCAUACGACACAAUAGAAACGCCCGAGGCGAAAGAGACGGGACACACUCCAGAAAUGCGAGGAUCUGACGGCACCAAGGAGGAACCGCCCACCACCAAACCCGACAGCCGGAAGCCUCAGCCCGGUAAAUCCCUCAGCCAGAAUACACCGGACCAGACCCGGGUUCUGUCUGAGACCCACAGCUACACUCAGGAGGCGUACUCUAAAACCAUCACCAGCAGCUCCACGGUGGAGAGGAAGGAGCACACACACACCUGCUUCUCACACACACACACCUUCAGCAUCUCCAACUCACCUGUAGAGCGGGACAGGAAGAUCUACGCCCUGCAGAAGACCAAGAGCUCGUCUCAGGACACGCCCCCUCCCGUCCCAUUGGUUCACGGAGCUCCACACAACAAGAAUGAAGCUUCUUAUCCAGCUGAAGAAGAACUCAGCUUCUCCCAGAACGUUUUGGACCCCGGCGUCCCCCUGGACGUGGACGUCCAUCCCGACCACCUGACCGAGGAGUCCUUCUCCAACGACGAGUACGAGUGCACUUCCCCGGACGACAUGUCCCUGCCCCCUCUGUCCGAGACCCCUGAGUCCACUGUGGACCUGGACGGCUACUGCCUGAGCUCCCACAGCACCCACCCCAACCAGUGCGGCCACCAGGGGGCGCCCAGCCAGGCGGAGUGUUACCCGUCCCCCACGACGGGGCCGACCUGCCGCUUCAGGGCCGAGUCCUCGUCCUUCGUCCACAGUCCGCUGACCGUCCCCACGCCCACCAUCGUGUCCAGCACCAUCUCCAGCAUCCUGAGGAGCGGGAAGCCUCAGCCCGGGACCCCGAGCGAGCGGCAACACGCCGCCGUCUACUCCGUGCACGAGAGCCGAACCGAGACGCAGGAGUGUGUGCAUGACCCCGCCCCGGCUCGACCCGGCCAUGCUCGGGCCAGUAACAUGCAUGCCCCCCCCAAACCCCCCCUAACCUCAGAGCCGGAGAUCAGGCGAGUGGGCGGAGCCAGGGCCUCGGCGAAUCCGGCGCCGCCGCCACACGCCCCGAUCUUCUCCAAACACUUGUCUAAGGCCACUGUAACGGAGGGCUCUCCGGUGACCCUGGAGGUGGAAGUCACUGGAUAUCCUGAACCGGCUGUAACCUGGUUGAAGAACGGACGGACAGUGACCGGUGAUGAGCGCGUGUCACUGUCCUGUAAAGAAGGGAAGCAUGUGUUGUUCAUUCAGAGUUCUGCCGAGAGGGACUCGGGUCGGUACACAGUCUCCGCCUCUAACCAGGCCGGCUCCGCCUCCUCCAGCUCCGCCCUCCACGUCGGAGAGAAAGGUGUGAGAAGAAGCCUAUGAGUGAGAAACGUGAAAACAACAGCAGCAACAACAAUUAAACCUCUUCUUCCACAGACAUACUGUUGUAACGUGUGCAGAGUGUGGUUUAGCAUUGUCUAGUUGAAGAAAAAUGAAUGGACGUCCCUGGAAAAGUCAGAAUCUGUAUGUUCCUCUAAGACUUUAGCUCAUACUUCUCUGAUCAGAAGUAAAAAAAAUAAAAAUAAGAAACACUGUUUUUUUUUUUUUUUUUUACAGUUUUUACAUUUUACAUUUUACUAAUUUGGGAUUGUCAGAAUCGUAAGCAGGACUGCAGGUAGAGUUCUGUGCAAAACUGAGUUCUCAAUUAAAAAAAAAUAUGGUUUUCUAUUGUUUGCCACUGAUAUAAAUAUAUAAACAUGAAUCUGAUAAUAUGACUGUAAUAAAGUGGAUUAUUUAUA